UUGUGUGUAUCAAGAUAAACACGAAUACACAUGAAGUGUCAAAAUAGCUGAUGAAACACACAAAAAAGAAACGAUUAUUGUUUUGAUAUUCGGCAAAUACAUGUAGUACAAAGGAGACGAGAAAUUGCGUCGUGAUCUGAUAGAGACUCGUCUUGAUUCAACUGUAUUCGUUAAACAAAAAUAAACAUAUACGUUUCUUUUUUCAAUCUAACAUGGAGCUGUAUUUAGAUAAAUUGGUUCGUUUGAAUGUACAAAGCGAUGGACGAGAUAAAAUUGCAAGAUUAAUUCAGUAUGCAUGUCGCGCAUUAUGGGAUAGCAUGCGAAUUCGACCAUCGAAUGCCGAACUUAUUGACAAACUAAAAACACUCGAAUACCUCCUUAGUUCAUUUCGAAAAUUGUUACGAUUUGGAAAAUGCAUUGAUUUAUUGUACGCCGCCCAACGCACCAUUCAUCACACGAAUAUAACACUUCGAUUGACGCUAACACUUAGUAAAAUUGCAACGGCAUUGUAUUUGUAUGCGGAUCAUAUAAUUUGGUUGUCAAGAACCGGUCUGACCAAAUCGAUUGAUGCCAAAAAAUGGAAUGAUACCGCCAACAAAUAUUGGUUUGUCUCAAUCGUUAUGAAUUUAUGCCGUGAUUUUUAUGAAUUAUCCAAACUUAUUGAUCGAACCAUCAAUGCGGGAAAUGGAAGAACAAAACAAACGUUAUAUCGAUGGAUGUUCGAUACAAACUCACACAUUACAACCCUAUCGAAACAGGAUCUGACCAAACUAUCACUCGGAUUGUAUGCGUAUAUUUAUGAAAAUCGAGCCAUUUUCAUUGACACCACAAAGAAUUUGUGCGAUAUUUUUAUACCAUUAACGGCACUUGGUUAUACGAAAUUAAAACCGCGUACCGUUGGUUUAUUAGGUGUAAUAUCAUCGAUUGCCGCAAUUAUUGUUCUUCUUCAACCGGCUGCCAAAUUACAACCGUCAUAAAGUCAUAAACAUUUUAAAAUCAAAAAUAUUAAAUCAAUUCGGUCAUUUUUGGGGAGUUUCAAUUUA